ACUCUCACAUGGAAAAACGCUCCGGCCAAUGAGAGUCGAGAAGGCGUGGCUCCGGUCGGCCAGACUCACGUGGGACUGAUGUGUUGCGCUCCGGAGGAGUAAUGGAGGGACGCACGAGAAACUGGAGCAAGUGAUUAUUAAACAUAAACAUCAAUUCUUUCAAUGGAAGAGUGUAUUUAACCACCUAGUAAAACAUCAUCAUCCCCAUGGAUUUCUCUAUAGACUUUCAUUGUUAACGUGGACAAAAGCAGUGGUGCAUCUAGAUUCUGGAUCAGAGCUUCAGUAGAGGUGGGCAGACUCGGAGGAGAACUUGUGGGGAAUGCUGGGAGGAGACGGCUCUCUCGAUGGAGAAGAGGAGAACUCUUCUCCAGGCUCCAGCAAGCGUUCAGGGCAGACGGACCAAGCUAACAGCGGGCAGGACCCCGGGACCAGCGGAUCAGGGUCCGGAUCGGGUUCGGGUGAGGAGGAGGAAGCCGAGGAGCAGCGAGGAAGGACCAGCAGAGGGGAAAGCUCAGCAGGCUGUGAGGAGAGCGGAGGAGAGCAGACGCACGAGGAUGUGGACAUGAACAGCGGUCACGACUCCAGCAGCGGUAAUGACAGUGUCGGUGGCUCACGACAUCAUCAUUCCUCGUCCAGUUGCAGCCCUGGAAGCACCACAGGAUCCGGAAGCACCAAGAGCUCAAAAUCUGCCACUGGUUCCUCAUCGUCCAGUUUUCACAGCGCGCAUCACACAGAGUGCAGUGAGCAGACGGAGCACGGCCGUGAGCAGACGCACCGAGAGAUGAUGCAGACGGUGCAGGAGAUGAAGAAACGACUGCCGUCAGAGAAGAGAAGCCGCAGUAAAGCCAGUACUGUGGAGGCACUGAACUACGCACUGAACUGUGUCAAACAAGUACAAGCAAACAGCGAGUACUACAACUUACUAAUGAGCAGCGGACUGGAGGAGAGACGAAACGCUACUGUGUGCACGCUGGAGGAGCUGGAGGGAAUCACAUCAGAACACACGCCGAAAAACACUGACACGUUUGUGGUGGUCUUCUCUCUGGCCUCUGGGAAGGUGGUUUAUGCGUCUGAACAGGCCUCCAGCGUGCUUCACUGCAAGAGGAAGUUUCUGGAAUCUGCCAAGUUCGUGGAGCUGCUGUACCAUCAGGACGUCAGUGUGUUUUACUCGCACACGGCGCAGCCGCGACUGCCGCCCUGGAACAUGGGCACAGACAGCGCGGCGGUUCUGUUUGAAUGUGCCCAGGUCAAGUCCUUCUUCUGUCGAAUCAGAGGAGGGAAAGAUAGAGAUGGAGAGAUGCGUUAUAGUCCUUUCCGGAUCACUCCGUACCUGCUGAAGGUUCAGGGAUCGAGUGCAGAGGAGGAGCCGUGCUGUCUGGCCCUGGCCGAACGCAUCAUCUCAGGAUAUGAGGCCCCUCGCAUUCCCAUGGACAAGCGCAUAUUCAGCACGACUCAUUCACCAGGCUGUGUCUUUUUAGAAGUGGAUGACCGUGCGGUGCCUUUGCUCGGUUACCUCCCUCAGGACCUGAUCGGUACCUCAGUUCUGACCUGCUUGCAUCCAGAUGACCGCCUGCUCAUGCUGUCCUUGCACCGCAGAAUUCUGAAGUACGCGGGUCAGCCACCUUUUGAACACUCACCCAUCCGGUUCCGCUGUCAGAACGGUGACUACGUCACCCUGGACUCCAGCUGGUCCAGCUUCAUCAACCCCUGGAGCCGUAAGGUGGCCUUCAUCAUCGGAAGGCACAAAGUUCGCACUGGACCUCUGAAUGAGGAUGUUUUUGCUGCACGGAGUAGAGCCGAGCAGCCAGUCAUGUGUGAGGACGUUAAAGAGCUGCAAGCCAUGAUCUACAAGCUCUUCUUACAGCCUGUUCAUAAUAAUGGAUCCAGUGGCUAUGGCAGUCUGGGUAGUAACGGCUCCCACGAGCACUACAUCAGUGUGGCGUCGUCCAGCGACAGUAACGGAAACCUCUGGGAGGAUUCGCACAGAGAACCAAUGACAUUGCAGCAGUUUUGUGCUGAUGUCAAUAAAGUGAAGAACUGGGGCCAGCAGGCGUAUCUGGACUCCCGGAGGAAGCUCACACCUUUAGGACCAGCCACUGCAGUGGCGGCAGCAGGCGUUUAUCCUAAUACCAGUCAGGGUUUGGGAAUUAGAGAUCAUCUAAAGCAGUCUCUACAAGAAGCCCGGAAACAACCACACAUCCCAUCGUACCAGCAGAUCAACUGUGUGGACAGCAUCAUCAGAUAUUUGGAGAGCUGUGCGACGUCUGCUCUGAAACGAAAGAGCGAAUCUUUGUCCAUAGCUACAUCAUCUUCAUCCUCCAUGUCAGAGGAAGACAAACCCACAGCGGCCGCACAUGAAGACGCUGUGAACACAGACGAAGCUGCGCUAGAGGGCGCUGGUGCUCUGGACAGCCAGGUGUCUGUGGGUUCGGUCACGACAGCAGCGGUGGUGGGAGCGCCGCUAACAGACAUUACAAUAUCCACAGAAGCCAUGAGCGUGGUGUCCGUCACCAGUCAGUGCAGUUACAGCAGCACCAUAGUGCACGUACCGCAGCCCGAGUCGGAGGUCACAGCUUUAGAAGAUGCUCCAAUGGGGAGUGAACCAACAGACUCCGCCCCCACCCCUGCACGCCCCGCCCCCAGCACCUCCUCAGCGGCUCAGGAGGAGUUACUCGUGGUGGGUCUUACUAAAGAGGUGCUGUCGGCCCACACCCAGAAGGAGGAGCAGCAAUUCGUAGAUCGUUUCCGUCAUCGUAUCCUGCAGAGUCCCUACAGCUCCUACCUCCAGCAGGACAACAGCAGCAUGGCCCAUUCUCAACACAGAGCUGAUGUUGUGCGUCCUCCAAACAAGCACAAGCGGCCCAAACCAGAAGACUCAUCGGACAGCUACGGCUCCCAGCCAGGCAACUACUGGUCACUUCCCAGACCCACAGGAGCGCCUCAUUCCUCCUGGCCUUCCUCAGAGUCGUCUCAGCUCCCGCCAUCCAACAUCGGCUUUGUGCCGCCCAUGGCAGUGCCAAUGCAGUCUGCCCCUUACUUCACUGUAUUUGGUGCAGAUCAGCAGCCCAUGGUGGUCCAACCUGACCAAGGUGUCCAGAACCUCCAACCCAUGCAUCCCAUGACUCCCAUGACUCCCAUGACUCCCAUGACUCCCAUGAUGGUCGUCCUGCUUCCUAGCUACCCCAUGUACCACUCCAAAAACUCCAUUCAACAUCAGCCACCCUUUAAUAUGGGAAAUACCCCCUACACCCCACCUGGUGGCCACAUGCCACAUGGGUCUCCAUCUCAGGGGCAUCCUCCAGGGUCCAGCAUCACAGGAGCUGGGAUGCCAUCGGGUGCCUCGGCGGAGGUCGACUCGAUACCUGCACCUUGGUUUGGAAAAGACCUUGAUGCAGCACAACCUACAGCACUCUUCUCCAGCUCUCGCUCCAGCUCGCCCAUCCAGCUGAACUUACUCCAGGAGGAGCUGACCAAGCCCACCGAAGCCCAGAACAGCACCGGUCCAGAGAGUCUGCAUGAGCACCACACCAGAGCGGAGGACGCUCCCAGUGAGUCGGGUAACCAAGAUGCCCAUUCUACCUCCAGCGAAAUGCUUGACCAGUUGCUACAGGAGGACGCCCGCUCAGGAACCGGCUCCAACGCCUCAGGCAGUGGCUCCGGGGAGUCGGGAGGCUCUCUGGGCUCCGGCUCGGGACUCUGUUCUAACGGAACAUCCAGCAGUCAUACCGGCAGCAGCAAUAGCAGCAAGUACUUCGCCAGCAAUGAUUCGUCGGACACGUCGCGGAAAGCACGCAAAUCCGCGGAGGCCCAGGAAAGGGAGCAUACGACCUUCAAAAAGCACGUGGACAACCCGUUAUGGAGCACGAUCAAGCAGACGCCCGAACCCCUCAUGAUGACCUAUCAGAUCGGCCCCAGGGAUCAGGUCCAGGUUCUUCAGGAAGACCGGGAGAAGCUGGUUCUGAUGCAGCCCAUGCAGCCCUGGUUCACCCAGGACCAGAAGAAGGAGCUGGCCGAGGUCCAUCCCUGGAUCCAUCACACCGUCCCACAGGAGAUCAACACACAGGGUUGUGUAAGUUGUAACACCAUGGAACCAGGUGAAGAGCUGAAUCUUCAGACUGACUCUCCAAACCCUCCCACUCCUGACAGCUCCUAUCCAUCACAGGAUCCAGACCCAACACAGACACCUGACCGCAGACCCUGCUGGACCUCCAGCCCUCUGGGACUCAGGGAUUCUUCUGCUUUCAGCUGGGAAUCGUAGGAAGAGAGAGACACCCGCAUCCGUGUGCCAGUCUCUCAUAAUUCCUCCUGAGGUCAUGAAACGGGGCAGGCACUUUGCACUCGAUCAAACUGUGUCAGAGUGAGUUUGGACACUCGCAGGAGACGGACAUUGAGUGAUGGUCAUCACAUGACCAUGC